CCGUCACGAUGCACAUGUACACAUAGGGAUGAGUGCUAUGCACGCUACCGUCUCUGUUUCUCUCUCGACUAGCCAGUUGACUAAACAGCAACCCACCCCCGCCCCGCCCCGACCAGCCUGGCCUGGCCACUGGUGGCCGGCCCUUCCUCAGUCACUCAUGUCACUCAUUCUCUGACGAGCGUGCCGCGCCCCCUCCCCAGCUUCCUGAGCAGGUCGAACACGGUGAACACGUCGGCUGUCGCAUUAUCGGUCUCGUCGUUGCCCAACUCAUCGCUGCCACGCACGCAGCACACACGCUCUAGCCGGGGAAACCUGGCCUGCUUCAAUGGGAAGGGCAGACAGGCGUCCUCCGCCCCACUCAGACGCAGCACGCGGCACUGGCGGAACACCAGCGGCCUCAUGGUCGGCUGCCGACCGCCCCACCACCGCCACUGGUCCUCGCUGUUGGAUGUCGUGCACGCCACCGUCACCUCUCGCGCAUGGAAGGCGGCGAACAGGGUGACCUUCUUGACGAUGUGGCGAAUCAUGUCGUUGUCGUGGCUGGCGUCGGGGGAGAGGACGUCCAGCGUGACUCGCUCGACAGUGAUGUGGAGGUAGGGCCGCUCGAGGACGUAGAGGAGGCACCUGGCCAUGUCGAGUGAGAUGACGAUGCUCUUGAAGUGGAUGUGCAGGGGGCGGGAGGCCUCACGGUUGGGCAGGGUGGGCGGGAAGUGGUACUGCGUCUGGAUCAGCUGGGGCAUGAACGGGUCACUCUCGGGCUGCGCACGCAGGUACGCAGGCAGCGUGGCGUAGCCGUGGUCGGCAGCUGGACUGUGGCUGGGACCAGGGGUGGUGGUCACGGUGGCGCCCCCGCGGCUCGUGCUGGUGUGCCCCCACCCGUCGCCCUGUUUCUGCUCCUCCACGACGCCGCUGGCAGUGUAGCUGACGUUGGUGUUCAUCUGGGUGCGCGAGCUCCACUCGUCGACCACCACCCGCUUGAACUGCCGCAUGGCCGCGUGGUGCCACACGAGGGAGUGCUCGAACGUGCUGGUGCAGUACAUGGGCAGACGAGUGACGGCAGCGGUCCUCUCCCCCUCCCCACUCAACACCUUGAGCCACCUGUCCCGCUGUCGACUCGGCAUGCGGCGCAUCAAUGGCUCGCCAAGGGCCAGGUGCGAGUGUGCUGAGGGGGAGCGCGACGCAGCCAGGGCGUCACGCGACACGUCGCCGUAUGUGAUGACGCGAGGCGUCUCGAGGAACGAGAGGAUGUUGCCGUAGACCUCCAAGGGCACGGAGAAGCCCUGCAUGGGAAUGGUGGUGAGCAGCUUCGCGUCACAGUGGUGGAGGGGGAGGGAGGGACUGGGCGGGGGGAACAGGCGCGCCACCAACUUCGAAGACAACACCUGUCAACAAUGACGCAACACGGAUGAAUGGUAAUUAAUGUCUGUCUGCUCGUGUGCCCACCUUGUUGUGUGCGCUCUUGCAAGCGCCAUGAACCGCGUUGGCUUUCUGGCAGGCACAUCGCCACGCAGCGGCAGGGUCCAGGUGUGAGCGAACAGCCGCCACUCGCUCGACGGCCCAGCAGAGCAGCAGCAGAAGGAUGGCGCAGGACAUCCAUGGCGACGACGCGAUGUGAGCCGGCGGAGGGAAAAAGCCAGCAGGCGCAGUCAAUCGGUAUGUCACCAGCGAUUCGCCGCCCCUUGCGUGGGGUCCAUCGAUGUCCGCGAGAAGCCCAUCGAGUUGGUGACACUUGGUCAGCAGCCACUCAUCUGUGGGCAUGCUGCUGCUGGCGUCUCGCUCACAUAAACCCGCCAGACGCAGCAGCUUCUCCGCGCUCGACAGCGGAGCUUGCAACAUGGCCUCGGCGCUGAACCAACGCACAAGAGGCGGACAAAGAGUUGAUGUUGAGCCGUCGCUUGUACUGUGUUUGUGGUAUCCUCACUCACCUCGAGUGUGCUCCAUGUGCAGUCGUGAGCGGGAAAACCGACGGGAGCAGAGCGAUGAAGGCCAGCAGCAUGGCAAGAGCGAGAAUCUCGGGUCAACUUUCGAAGUCACCGAUUGCGUCGAAAACUACGGUAGUUGAGGUGCUGUGGAGUCCACAUAGUCACCUCCUUUCCC